UACAAAAUGUUUUCAAAGCCUAAAGUUGUCACGAUCGGUGAGUGCAAGGACAGACGACCCAGGCGCAGACAGCAGGUAAGGGGUUAACAAAAAGGUUUUAAUUAAAAAAAAAACACAAGGGGGUAAUAUAACAGAACAAUGGUAAGAGACACAAGGGGUGAACAGGAACAUGGACUAACUAGACUAAAUACCACACUUGACAUAAACUACAAAUAUCUAGACACGAUAAAACACAGCAAUUCAAACCAGAGGAGUGACAGGGAACAAACAAACCAUAAUGAUCCAGCACAAGACAGAAAACACAGGGGCAUUAAAUAAGGGAUCAAAUCAAGAAGGAACAGCUGUGGGGCAUGAAAUAAUUAACAAUCAAUAAUGAAGAAACGAGGGGGCGGGGACAAAGACGAGACCAGAGAGAGUGCAUGACAUGUUAAAACAAACAAUGCCAUGUCUCUCUCUACACUAAACAUGAGGCUCUGUUAUGAUCCUGCCACUAGACCAAGAAAAACAUGACAUGAUGAGGCAGAAUCAUGACAAAAGUAGUUGCAUCCAUUAAACAAAAAUACUUUCAGGAGUCCAUUAUGUCUUUUUGAUAGCAUCCAUGCUAAAUUAAUCUCUGGCAAUGACUAGCCAUUUUAGUCAUUGCACAUAUUCCCCAUGACCUUACUAAAAAUACUACAAUAAUUUUAACUUAAUUUUGUUAAAUGUUGUCCUCGAGCAAGUUAGCCAUUGUUUAUGGUAAAUGCAUUGGAUUGUGUGAAACGGAUUAUUUCUAACACAUAUGAUAACCUUCUAACUCAGAAGGCACGCAUUUUAUACACCAAAUGGAUUAAUUUAUUAAAGGCACUAAAAAUUCUCUUAAAAUGCUUUUAAAUUAAGUAUAUUCAUGGGUUAUUGAGAGUUUAAAAUUGUACUUACAGUGUGGUCAGAGAGAACUUCAUUUACUUCCUCUGCUUGGUGUGGUGUGCUGCUGUACUUUUCCUCUGCUUAUAAAACAGCAGCAGUAGAGCUCAUUUGUGUUUUAUCAAAAUUACAACAUGAAAAUCUUGCAGCUUCAGAUUUAUCUGCUCAUAUGGUGUCAAGCUGCAGAGACUUUAGAUCAACUAACAGAUUUGGGACAAAAUGUGACUAUAAACUGUGAUCUGGAUGAAGGAGACAUUUACUGGUUAUUACUGAAAGUACCAGAUCCUCCUGUGAUGAUAUUACGCACUUUAUCAACAACAUCUUUAUUCUUUAACACAACAUUCAGACAGAAAUAUUCAGUGCAAUCUAAAAAUCAUCUGUUUAUAAAUAACAUCACUGUUAAUGAAUUAGGAGUUUAUUACUGUAUGAAGACAGAUACACCUCCAAAAUUCAGCAGUGGCAUCAGACUACAGAUAAAUGAGCCAACAGAAAGUCCAAAUGAAGAGAUCAGGUAUAUACAUCAGAAUCAGACACUAUGGCAGACUCUUACACUUAUACUCGGUCUGCUGAAUGGUGUUUUGUUCAUUGUGGUCAUAGGGCUAUUAAAGGUUUUUGUUGUUGGCCAUAAAAAAUUUGGAGAAUGUUCACAACUUAACACCGACCUACAGCAGAAUCAAGUGCAUGAAGACCCAAACCAGCUACAGUAUGCAGAAGUGGACUUUACAAAAGUGCGUAAAAAGUCUCGACCCAGCAAAGCCGACAGCACCUACGCUGCUCUAAAUCUGCCAAAACUGCGAACACAACAGUAUGACUAACCAAUAUCUCACAGCAUACAACUGUUUGUUUUUAUUAUUUUAAGACAUUCUUACAAACUUUAGAACUUCAUGCAACAACCAGCCAGUAUGUAAAAUACUCGGCAUCUAUCAUGAGUUGUACCCUUAACUCUGACAUAAAUUAAUGCAAAACAAGUUACCAUUUGUGAAGUAUUCUGAAGUACUUUAAAACCCUCAUUUCAAUUAACAGACAUGUAUAUUUUAAGAACCACUUUGAAAGGCCUGCUUAUUCACUUCCUCAAGUUACAUAUAAUUCGAUGUGACUGCUUGAAACCAGUUCUAACUGUAAAUAUAGUUUAUGUAUAGUUUGACACAAAGUUAAGUGAAAUGACUCUUUGUCAGAUGUCUGCUUUAGUCAAUAACCAAUGGAAAUGUGGCAACUGAGAUGCAGCCAUUGCUUGUCCAGUGUGGUUUGGUUAAAUAAAGUGUUUUAACAAACGUAAAGUGUGACGUGCUGAAUUGCUGUUUGGCUGCUGAACUGAAUGUAUUUUUUGUUGUUAUAAGUUUCUUUUGUAUUACCGCCUAGCAUGACCAGUGCAUUGGUGAUCAAAAUGGUUAAUCUUCUAAUUUAUCAGAAGAAAAUGUAUGUGGUGUAACUUCCUCUCUUUGAUAUGACUGAAAUGUUCUCACGAAACAAGUUAAAGCUUUGAAGUAGUUUCAUCUCUAAGAAAACGCAAUCAAUAAAUCACAUAAAGAGUUUUUCUUCAACUUACAUUAUAAUGCAUUAUAAUGUGUGUUUGGGAGUUACAAAGAGAGGCAACUACUGAUAUUUUGAUAGUACUGAUAGUAUUCCAGCUAUUUUCAUAACUCUUAGUGUGACUCUUAGAGCUAUAUUUACUUUUUGUGAAUACAACACUACAGUAUAGACAAACAAGCUUAAAAAAUU